AUGGCUCUCCCAAAGGCCAAAAACCCCCUGGCCUUUACGCCAUGGCCGGUGACGAUUAUCAUUACUGUGGUGUAUCUGGCCCUACUCAUCCCUGUGAUCGUCAUCCACGAAAAUGUCCCGGCCGCACCCCGAACAAGCCCCAAGGGCCUGGACCUGACCGAAGCUUGGUCAGACCUGCAGACUCUGACCGAGGGAUUCCAUCCGUACAAUUCUCACAAAAAUGACGAAGUCCGAUCUUGGCUGCUUGAUCGCAUCGACGCGAUUCACUCAUCUUCCGUCGCAGAAGCCGCAGUCGCAAACGAGACCACACCAGAAGUCUUCGUGUUCGACGACCUUACCUCGAACCUGACUUCGGUCGACGGCCAAACUGGAGUGUAUUUUGAAGGAAAUAACAUCCUCGUCUACAUCCGCGGUUGGGAAGAUAAACAAGAGAACUGGUGGGAGACCCCCGGUAAAACUCCCGCAGGAAAGGGUGGUGUACUCGUCAACGCGCAUUUCGACAGCGUUUCGACCGGAUACGGUGCUACAGAUGAUGGCGUUGGCGUUGUAACUUGCCUUCAGCUUAUCCGUUACUUCACGACGCCUGAGCAUGCGCCGCGCCGCGGACUGGUGGUGCUGUUCAACAACGGCGAGGAGGAUUACUUGAAUGGUGCACGCGCAUACAGCCAACACCCGAUGGCUAAGUUUGCGCAUACAUUUGUUAAUCUUGAGGGAGCGGGUGCUGGUGGCCGUGCUACGUUGUUCCGGAGCUCGGACACGGAGGUUACGCAAGCAUAUGCGAAAUCGAAGUCUCCCUUCGGGUCGGUUUUGAGUGCCAACGGGUUCCAGAAGGGGCUUGUCAAGAGUCAGACGGAUUAUGUGGUUUUCCAGGGUAUGCUGGGUCUGCGUGGCCUAGAUGUCGCCUUUUUCGAGCCUAGAGCUCGAUAUCAUACCGAUCAGGAUGAUUCGCGACACACCAGCAUGGACUCAUUGUGGCAUAUGCUAUCUACUGCUGUUGCUUCUACCCAGGAUUUGGUUUCAGACUCGAGUGAUCGGUUUGAUGGUCAUGUUCGGGAUGAUGGCCUUGUGCCGAGCGGGACAGGUACUGAUGCCGUCUGGUUUGAUCUCUUUGGCAGUACAUUUGCUGUGUUCCGUACGCAUACGCUUUUCGCGCUGUCAGUGACUCUGCUGAUUGUGGCGCCUUUGACGCUGCUGGCAACUAGCCUGGCUUUGUCUAAGGCUGAUAAGAUGUACCUUUUCCGUUCUUCUGUGCGGGUGGAUAUCAGCGACGAAACAGUACCACUUCAAGGCCUGCGCGGCCUCUUCCGGUUCCCGUUUCUCAUUGCUAUCCCUACAGGUGUUACGGUGGGCCUCGCCUACUUGGUCACGAAGAUCAAUCCCUAUAUUGUGCAUAGUAGUUCAUACGCCGUGUGGAGUAUGAUGGUUUCUGCCUGGUUCUUCUUAGCCUGGUUUGUGUCCUGCGUUGCGGACUUUUCACGACCGUCGGCACUCCACCGAGUCUACACGUGGACUUGGAUGUUCGUUCUGACCUGGGCUUUACUGGUCGUUGCCACUGUCUAUGUGCACGAGGAAGGGCUUGCUGGUGGUUACUUUAUGUUCUUCUACUUUGCGGGUACCUUUUUGGCAACCUGGAUAUCAUACCUUGAGCUUUUCUCUCUGCCUACAAAGUCGGAAUACAUCGGUUAUACUGCCCAGGAAUCUCGGCGACCCAGCGGGUUUGGCACCUCGUCUGGGGACGAGCACCAUGAUGACGAUGAGAUUGAGGAGGGGGAGCCGACAGAAUCUACCUCCCUGCUUCGUAACCAGCAGCGGACUACAUUCGCCAACUACGUCAAUGUUGGUAGUCAUGCCGAUGAAGACGAGGAAGAGGAGUACGAUCCUAACGUGUAUGGACACGAGCAAAAAUGGAGCGCUUCGAUGCCUAGUUGGACCUGGAUCCUGCAGUUGCUUCUUACAGCUCCUAUCAUUCUGAUUCUGGUAGCCCCACUCGCACUUUUAUUAACCAGUGCUCUUCACCAAACAGGUCAGGAUGGCAACCCCUCGUUGUUUGUGUACAUGUGCAUCGCCAGUCUGACAGCCGUGCUAUUCAUGCCGAUGCUGCCAUUUAUCCACCGCUACACCUACCACAUCCCUAUCUUCUUGUUCUUUGUUCUACUUGGCACUCUCAUAUACAACCUCAUCGCAUUCCCAUUCUCAGAUGCCAACCGCGUCAAACUGUACUUCUCCCAACAAGUUGACUUGGACCUUGGGAACUCAACCGCCUAUCUGACUGGCGUCCUUCCCUUCGUGGAAGACGUGGUCAGAGGCCUUCCCAGCGCUGCUGGUCAGACUGACUGCGUUUGGAAUGACGCUCUUAGCCGUUCGCAGUGCUCUUGGACUGGCCCAGAGCCCCAUGUUGUCCCCAGUGACGAUGUGUCUAGUACUUCGCUUUCUCCAUCCUCAGAAUGGGUCUCCUUCACUACAGAGUCUACCGGAAAAUCCUCCAUGCGCUUUGAGAUAUCAGGCCAGAACACCCGCUCCUGUCGCAUCACUAUGGACGGCCACACCGUCACAAACUUUAACGUCCUCGGUGGCUCUGAGCCUGAUCACCGCUUCCUCCACCCAUCUCAAGAUGGUAUUCAUGAAAUCCGUCUAUGGAGUCGCACUUGGCAGAAUAAGUGGACCGUGGACGUUAAAUUCGCCGAAAAGGAGAAUGAUACCCCUACUGCCGAGGAGACAACCCCAAUCUCGGGUCGUGUUUCCUGUAUUUGGAGUGACAAUAAUACCCCCGGUCUUAUUCCUGCCCUCGACGAGCUGAGGAAGUUUGCACCUUCCUGGGCCGCCGUGACCAAGUUGACUGAUGGGCUGGUGGAAGGAUAUCGGAAGUUUGAGCUGGAGCGAACGAGCUCUGGAGAAUUGCAGCGGAUUGACUUGCUGUGA